AUGCAGCAAUUACGUGGUCGCGAUGGGGCACAUCCCACUGCAGCUGCACUCAGUUUCAUUAAAACAGCACUCACUCAGUCAGUAAGAGGUGAUCUACAUGUGUCCACAGAGGUUGCCCGGAUGGCUUGGAAACUAGUACCUGGCCGAUGUGCUUCCGAUGCGCCCAGCCGGCGCAGUACUGUACCUCCUGAAAAGGGGAAGAAGAGCCUUGCAAAUCAGCACGUCUUGCCAUAUUUGUCUCCUGACGCAUGUCUCGCCCCAUGUUUCAAGUACCGACAGCAUGAAGCAGUCUAA